AUGUAUCAUGGGCGAACUACUGGUAAAGGGCCCUCCACUUCCUCGCAGAUUUACCAGCAACCUCCGAGGCUUCUCAUUGUGCAUAUCUCUCUACCAUCCUGGGCUGACAUCUGCUCCAACCUCUGUGAGGCUAUGCAGAACUUCUUCUCUCUAGCCUGCAGCUUGAUGGGCCCCAGCCGCAUGUCCCUUUUCAGCUUAUACAUGGUGCAAAAUCAACACGAGUGCAUCCUCCCAUUUGUGCAAGUGAAAGGGAAUUUUGCCAGGCUGCAGACCUGCAUCUCAGAGAUCCGCACAUUGCAGAGAGAAGGUUGUUUCAGACCACAAGGUACUUCUCUGCAGCUGGCCGUAGAAGAUGGGCUCCAGCAGUUCAAACAGUACAGCAGACAUGUGACCACAGGCGCAGCUCUGACCUACACUUCCCUGGAGAUUACUAUUCUGACUUCGCAGCCUGGGAAAGAGGUGGUCAAACAAUUGGAGAAAGGAUUAAAAGAUACAGACCUAGUCAGGGUCAGGAGGCUUCAGGUGGUUGAGAUCACGAAGGAAGCCCUAGAAUGUACGGACUCAGCAUCCCCUAUUGAAGAGUCCAGCAAUGAUGAAAGCUCUUUCCUGGGAAUUGACAUUGACCUUCAGACUAUAGACAAUGAUGUUGUCAGCAUGGAGGUUUUCUUCAAAGCCUGGCUACAUAACAGUGGAACAGACCAAGAACAUAUUCAUCUUCUUCUUCCUUCACAGUCUUUCAGCAACAUUUCCAGAGCCAGAGAUAAGCCAAUGUGCCUGAAAUGUGAUCUCCAAGAGCGGCUUCUCAGCCCUUCCCUUUUGCCUGGCACAGCUGAUGGCUCCCUGAAAAUGGAUGACCCCAAAGGAGACUUCAGCACACUCUACCAGAUGGCUUCCCAGUCAUCAGCCUCUUAUUAUAAGCUCCGGGUGAUCAAGGCUCUAAAAUCCAGUGGGAUCUGCGAGUCAAUAACGUAUGGACUCCCAUUCAUCCUUAGACCCACAAGCUGUUGGCAGCUGGACUGGGAUGAGCUGGAGACAAAUCAGCAGCAUUUCCAUGCUUUGUGUCACAGUCUGCUGAAAAGAGAAUGGCUGCUGUUGGCCAAAGGGGAGCCCCCGAGCCGAGGCCACAGCCCGAGAGGGGCUGCCACCACCUUCUAUGUGAUCAUGCCGUCCCGCUCCCCCACUCUGCUGGUGAAGGCAGUGGCCACGCGGGAACUGGUGCUGCCCAGCCCCUUCCCCCCGCUGCCGGAGGACCCGCCUGAGGACAGCCUGAGGAUUGUGGAGCACUUCCUAGACGGCCUGGAGCUAGAGCCCGCCUACAACCCCUUGCAGGUUUGGAGUCGCCUGUAUUCCUACCUGAGCAGCACCUUUGCCAAGCCCCAGGGCCGACUGCACCCGAGCUGGGAGAGCCGGGCCCUGAGAAAGGAUGUCGGACAAGUGCUUUCACAUAUAAUGUUCUCAUUUACUCCUCACAAGCCUGGGCAGUUGCAGACAAACCGAGUUCGAGCCACGGUGGCCCCUCUACCGAUGACGUCAGCCCCAGGCAGAGCCCCCAAGAUACCAGCGGCCAGCAAAGCCUCCGCAGAAGCCUUCCUGCAGCUUUCUGAGGAGGAAACGGAGGGAGAGGAGGAGGAGAAUCCCUCAGGGUUUAAGUAA